AUGUUCCUUGUAAAUUUCAACUACAUUGGGGCUGCCAAGAACGCAUAAGCACUCGGUGGGUAGGGAGCCCGCUUGCCCCGGAAGUACUGUUGCGUUAGCGCCUCGUCUUCCGGGGCGGAUUGUCUGUCGUUGCAGUAGCUGUAGGAAGGGGAGGCCAUUUUCCGUUUCUGGGAGGAGUGAGGGGCAACGAGGGGGAGAAAAAGCAAAAAAGAAGGGCUCAGCGCCUCCCCGCCAGGCCAGGAACAGAGGGACAGUUUCGGCAGGCGGGUGAGGUCGCUGAGGGCCCGUAGGAGAUGUUUUCCUUGUCGAGCACGGUUCAACCCCAGGUUACAAUUCCUUUGAGUCAUCUCAUCAAUGCCUUCCAUUCACCAAAAAACACUUCUGUUUCUGUCAGUGGAGUGUCAGUUUCUCAAAACCAGUAUAGAGAUGUGGUUCCUGAGCAUGAGGCUCCUAGCAGUGAGCCUUCACUUAACUUAAAGGACCUUGGAUUAUCUGAACUAAAAAUUGGACAGAUUGAUCAGCUAGUAGAAAAUCUACUUCCUGGAUUUUGUAAAGGCAAAAACAUUUCUUCCCAUUGGCAUACAUCCCAUGUCUCUGCACAAUCCUUCUUUGAAAAUAAAUAUGGUAACUUAGAUAUAUUUAGUACCUUACGUUCCUCUUGCUUGUAUGGACAUCAUUCAAGAGCUCUUCAAAGCAUUUGUUCAGAUCUUCAGUACUGGCCAGUUUUCAUACAGUCUCGGGGUUUUAAAACUUUGAAAUCGAGAACACGACGUCUCCAGUCCACUUCCGAGAGAUUAGCUGAAACACAGAAUAUAGCGCCAUCAUUUGUGAAGGGGUUUCUCUUGCGGGACAGAGGAUCAGAUGUUGAGAGUUUGGACAAACUCAUGAAAACCAAAAAUAUACCUGAAGCUCACCAAGAUGCAUUUAAAACUGGUUUUGCAGAAGGUUUUCUGAAAGCUCAAGCACUCACUCAAAAAACCAAUGAUUCCCUAAGGCGAACGCGUCUGAUUCUCUUCAUUCUGCUGCUAUUAGGCAUUUAUGGACUUUUAAAAAACCCAUUUUUGUCUGGUAAAACCUUUUUUUAUUUAUCUAACUUGUUAGUUUCUUAUUUCUUUAAAUACAUGAUUCCUUUUAAUGUGGAGGAAGCUAAACAAGAAUUACAAGAAGUGGUUGAAUUCUUGAAAAAUCCACAAAAAUUUACUGUUCUCGGAGGUAAACUUCCAAAAGGAAUUCUUUUAGUCGGACCACCAGGGACUGGAAAGACACUUCUUGCCCGAGCUGUGGCAGGAGAAGCUGAUGUUCCUUUUUAUUAUGCUUCUGGAUCAGAAUUUGAUGAGAUGUUUGUGGGUGUGGGAGCCAGCCGUAUCAGAAAUCUUUUUAGAGAAGCAAAAGCGAAUGCUCCUUGUGUUAUAUUUAUUGAUGAAUUAGAUUCUGUUGGUGGGAAGAGAAUUGAAUCUCCAAUGCAUCCAUAUUCAAGGCAGACCAUAAAUCAACUUCUUGCUGAAAUGGAUGGUUUUAAACCCAAUGAAGGAGUUAUCAUAAUAGGAGCCACAAACUUCCCAGAGGCAUUAGAUAAUGCCUUAAUACGUCCUGGUCGUUUUGACAUGCAAGUUACAGUUCCAAGACCAGAUGUAAAAGGUCGCACAGAAAUUUUGAAAUGGUAUCUCAAUAAAAUAAAGUUCGAUCAAUCCAUUGAUCCAGAAAUUAUAGCUCGAGGUACCGUUGGCUUUUCUGGAGCAGAGUUGGAGAAUCUUGUGAACCAGGCUGCAUUAAAGGCAGCUGUUGAUGGAAAAGAAAUGGUUACCAUGAAGGAGCUGGAGUUUUCCAAAGACAAAAUUCUAAUGGGUCCUGAAAGAAGAAGCGUGGAAAUUGAUAACAAAAACAAAACGAUCACAGCGUAUCAUGAAUCUGGUCAUGCCAUUAUAGCAUAUUACACAAAAGAUGCAAUGCCUAUCAACAAAGCUACAAUCAUGCCACGGGGGCCAACACUUGGACAUGUGUCCCUGUUACCUGAGAAUGACAGAUGGAAUGAAACUAGAUCCCAGCUGCUUGCACAAAUGGAUGUUAGUAUGGGAGGAAGAGUGGCUGAGGAGCUUAUAUUUGGAACUGACCAUAUUACAACAGGUGCUUCCAGUGAUUUUGAUAAUGCCACUAAAAUAGCAAAGCGGAUGGUUACCAAAUUUGGAAUGAGUGAAAAGCUUGGAGUUAUGACCUACAGUGAUACAGGGAAACUAAGUCCAGAAACUCAAUCUGCCAUUGAACAAGAAAUAAGAAUCCUUCUAAGGGACUCAUAUGAACGAGCAAAACAUAUCUUGAAAACUCAUGCAAAGGAGCAUAAGAAUCUCGCAGAAGCUUUAUUGACCUAUGAGACUUUGGAUGCCAAAGAGAUUCAAAUUGUUCUUGAGGGAAAAAAGUUGGAAGUGAGAUGAUAACUCUCAUGAUAUGGAUGCUUGCUGGUUUUAUUGCAAGAAUAUAAGUAGCAUUGCAGUAGUCUACUUUUGCAACACUUUCCCCUCAUUCUUGAUGUGGUGUAAUUGAAGGGUGUGAAAUGCUUUGUCAAUCAUUUGUCACAUUUAUUCCGUUUCGGUUAUUCUCAUUAUGACACCUAUUGCAAAUAAGCAUCCAGUGGCAAAUAUAUUUUUAAAAAAUAAAGAACUAUCAGGAUUGAAAACAGUUGUUUGAGGAAUGUCAAUUAGUUAUUAAAUUGAAAGUAACUAAUGAUCUUUUGGUUGGUUACUCUACUAGAUGGGAUAAAAUUGUGCCUUUAGCCUUCUAUAUUCAUCAGUGGAAACUUAAUUAAGAUGCAGUAAUUAUGAUCCAGAUUGACCAUAAAUAAAAUGUUUUUUAAAUCUAAAUGUAGAGAAUUGUAAACACACAGUUGGGAUCAAAAGCAGACUCGGAAACAGAGUCGGGCAUGUAACCUUUUGGCAUGGUGCAGUGGCUCACGCCUGUAAUCCCAGCACUUUGGGAGGCUGAGGCGGGUGGAUCGCUUGAGGCCAGGAGUUCAAGACCAGCCCUGCCAAUAUGGUGAAACCCUGUCUCUACUAAAAUACAAAAAAAUUGGGCUCAGCAUGGUGACUCAUGCCUGUAAUCCCAAAACUUUGGGAGGCCAAGGCAGGCAAAUCACCUGAGGUUGAGAGUUUGAGACUAGCCUGGCCAACAUGGUGUAAUCCUAUCUCUACUAAAAAUACAAAAAUUAGCUGGGCGUGUGGCAGGUGCCUAUUAUCCCAGCUACUGUGGGGGCUGAGGCAGGAGAAUUGCUUGAGCCCGGGAGGUGGAGGUUGCAGAGAGCCGAGAUUGUGCCACUGCACUCCAGCCUGGGCAACAGAGUGAGACUCUGUCUCCAAAAGAAAAAAAAAUUAAGUAAAAAUUAAAUACAAGAAAAAGCCAGAUGUAAUGUUGCACACCUGGGAUCCCAGCUAUUUGAGAGGCUGAGGCACGAGAAUUGCUUGAACCUGGGAGGUGGAGGUUGCAGUCAGCCAAGAUCACAAGAGCCACUGCAUUCCAGCCUGGGCAAGAGUGAGACUCUGUCUCAAAUGAUUAUAACCUUUCAGAAAUGCAAUGUGCAUUUUCGUGUUCUCUUUUUUUCAGCAUUACUGUCACUCUCCCUAGUUAAUUGUAUUUCAGAGAAGCAGUAUUUUGUUAAAUAAAUAACCUCAUUCUGAAUAAUGUCCCUCAUUUUGGCUAUAAUUAUGCUUGGUUUCAAAAGCAAAAUUAAACAAAAAUCUUAGUCCCCUCCAGAGUGAACUUUCUGUUACCCUGGGUUGGAAAUGCCAAGUUGUGUUUACUUUUCAUUCAGAUUUUGUGAAUAUGAACAUUUUGUUACAGGAUUUACAGAUGAAUAUUUAACUCAAUAGAAAAAUUAUUUUAGAGCACAUUGUAUUGGUUUUACAACCAGAUUAUAUUCUUGAUGUUGACUUUAUUAAAAUUAUCUACAAUUUCCUAAUAA